AUGCCAAAGACAAUAGCACCAGUCUUCGGGGGAGUCAGCAUCAAUGCUUUCAAUCAGCAUCAGUCCACCGACGCAGCAGAUAUGGCUACGUACUGCUUCAUCAUGCAAGGCGACAUCAUGGAUUCCUGGCUCGAACUACGCUACAAGCCAAUAUGGUGGGCGGCAUUCUUCCAGCAUCCUCUGGUCUAUCAUUCUCUAAGCUUUUCCUGUGGUGUGCUCCAAGACAAUGUUUCAUCAUCUUCGAACGAUUCAGUUGGUCAAUAUUCUACGCAACUUGACACGCUGGACACAGUCGACAUCGAGCCAAUUCUACUGGCGAUGCUAACGCUUUCGCAAGGAGGUGCCACUUUUAUUCUCGCCACAUACGCGAGGACAGAAGUGGGUUCUUACAGCAGGGAACUUGGGAAGAGACGGGUCGCAUGCUGUCGCUUUGCAGCACCUGGUGCAGCGAAAUGGAGGAUUAUCAAAUUUCAAGACCUUGGACGGAGCUCCAUACACACUAUCCGAGGCUUCCGCUUAAGUACUGCCGCCUCCUCUACGAGGAGCGUAGAGAACGAUUAA